ACCCUCACAACUCCUGCGCUCCCCCAUAAAAAUUCCGUUCAUCAGUGCCGAGCGAACUAACAAAUUCUCGGCAAUGGCCAAAAGCCGUGACCGACUAUCUGAAAACUUCAUUAACAAACAUCAAACUUCGUCUGUUUUUUUUUUACACAACACACUACGACAACCCUGCUAUAGCGCGGACUCUACGGUUCUUGGUUCAAGAGACACGGCAAAAAGUUUCGGUGCCACGACGACGAUAUCUUUUCGCUGUUGUUGGUUAUUUUCGCUGUUUGGACCUUUUGGGACAAGACCUUCGGAUCUUUCAAGUUGCUAACGCUGUUAUCGCAAGCGAUUGAUAAAGAGAAGCGAUACGAUUGGGUUUCGCCAUUGUCGUCGAUUGAUUUGGAUCUUGUCGACUGUACACGAUUGAAUCCCGCCACGACGAUUGCUUUCAGAUAUCAAGAUGGAACCAUCAAGCAAGAAGCACAUGACAUCUAAUGAUGCUCCAUCCCCUGUGGGUGUGGAGGACGGUAGUGACCUUCAGCAAACUGGUCCAGCUGCGGUUGAAGCCGUUGCCGGUUCUGGGGGCCGUGCUCAAGUUCUCGACGCUGCUGCCUUGGAGGAAGUGUGGUCACCAGACCGGGAAACCCGUGUAACUGCUGGGCUGAAGAAGGUUAAUGGUGCGGCGGACACUUACUUGCGGGGCGGCGAUUGGGUCUUGAACCAAGAUGGAGGCGGCUGUACCUUGAGUUUCGUCAUUAAGAGCGGAGAUCGACUCUACGGGCUCACUGUUGGGCAUCUCGCCAAUGUGGGUGGUCCGAUCUUUGUCUUUGCGGAGGCCGACACGGAGCAGAGCCCUCUUCCAUGUGGGGAAGAGCCCGGUAGCGCUGGGUAUUCGUACCCUAUGUUUGAGGUUGGAACUGUUGUUUCAAAGUCCUUGGCAACAGAUUCUUUGAUCUUUGAGAUUGCGACUGACGAAUCUUCUAAUUGUCCGGUCGCUCCCACGCGCCCCGCUGUUGGAGACACCCUCGUUGGCUUCGGAGCUCAGCGCCGUGGGGCCAUUGCGAAAGUGUCUAAUCCAAGUGAGGUGCGAAAUGGAACAUUUUCCCGAAUCGGAAACAUUGCCAUUGUGCACCCCCAAGACCCAGCCAAGGCGUUGACGGACUGUGGGGAUUGCGGUACUAUUUUUGUCGAUCUUCAUGGAACCCCACUGCCCCAGCAGCAGCAGCUCUGCGUUGAGGAACCACCCUGUGGUCCUGAAAUCCAGGCCGCGGGAUCGGAGGUGCAGGCCACCUCGACCGAAACCCAGGCUUCUGGGUUGGCGUACUUCGAUACGCACAUUGUGCCAAAUCCUAUGCGUCCCCAGAGCAACAGCUUGGCCCACUUCAAUACCAAGGUUGUUGUGCCCACUCCCGAGCGGAAGCGAGCUCCCAAGCGCAGUCGAGCCCUGAAGAAGUAA